GGCGCCCACAUUUCAUGGAACAAAUGAAAGUUAAGGCUUAAGAAUUCAGUUCCACCAACGAGGCGUAUGAGUGAUUAUGUGUAAAAUAUUACGCAUCAACGGAAUACCAACGAAACGUACUAAAAUCGAAAUGAAAACGAUUGCUGGUGCUUUGGAAUGAAUUGCCGCGGAUGACAAAAGGCUGGCACUUGGACAACAAAUCAAAAUAGACAGCCUGGCGAGAGCGUUUAGCACAGAUCUUUAUUUUUUGGAUGGCUAUUUAAAACAACAGCCAGAGGACGGAGAUGACGGAGAAGAUCGAGGGUAGCCGAAAGGCUGAAAAACUAAUUUCGGAAAGUCAAGUAAAAACUGAGCGAAAUACCAAAGAGUUACGGAAAAGAAGGCUGCCUUGCCUGUCACGACAACACUUUCUUGUGUGAACGAGCGCCAAAAAGGCCGCACCGAUCCAUCCCCCUGCCCAUCCAUUCUCCCAACCAAUCCCAAUUCCCAGGCAUCCAUUGUGCAAGGCAAGGCAACCUCCACCAUCCAACAUCCAUCGUCUCUCAAUAGAGCAAAUGCUUAGAUGCGAUUCUCAGCCCCAUGUGCACACAUAAUGGAAUGAAGAAAAUUCCGUCGUCCAACAAUUGCACGCUGGGCUAGCUGAAAUGCUGAAAUGCUGAAAUGCAAAGAGGGAAAACAAGAAAAAACAAAAAGAAGACUUGUCACUUCGCUGCGGAUUUGCAUUGGCCGUUGGGGCUGUUUUUGGGGGGCCUCCAAUGGUCGGCAGCAGCAGCAUAGACCGAGAAAUCCCCAAAAUCUUGGUCUAGCAUUUCUUAUAAAAAUAGCCCUCGGACAAAAGUGUGAACCAACCAACUAACCGCCCAGUGCAUCCACAUACACGAACAAUGGAAAUUGCCAAAUUUAUAGCGCACCCAGAAACCCACAGCGAUCAGAUCGCCCAGGCCAGGCCAGCCAAGGAAAACUUAUUUUAUUUAAAUAAAUUUAGUUUAAUUGCCAGCAGAAAGAACACAAAUAACACGGCGUGUGUGUGUGAGUGUGCGUGUGUGCGGUUUUAUUGUAAUUCCGAUUCGUCAACUGGGCACUCAACGAAAUGGCCGAGUAAAUCGGUUUCCCGAGACCCGUUGACUUGGUCAACAAGAUCAGCGAAGUGGACGCCUUGGAGGAGCGGCCAUCUAAAGAUGGAUCAAGCUGUCAUUAUAUCAAAUUAUGCCAUUUCCCCGGCCCCCCAGAUUUCCCACCCCCCACUGGGCGUAUGAGUAAUAAGCCAACUGCUACGACAUAAUACGUAUACGCCUCGUGGUGCAGACGCUCUUCUAGUCCUCUAGCCAAGAAGAGCCGAACAGCCGAAUAAAACGAAACGAAAAGUGUGUGUGACAAAACGCUCAAUAAAUAAACAAACCGAAAGGCAAACAAACAAAUUAUGGGAAACGACAACAAAGAAGCCAAGUGGGCUGGGGACAAGGCGAAAAGAAUUUGUUUACCUCCACGACGUAUGAAAAUAAUAAUAAUUGCACAUUUCCCCCCUUCCUUUCAGCUGGUCGGUCCAUGUGAUCCAAGAGCCGAUGAAUUAUGGAACAUGUAAAUAGCACUAAUGCCAGACAAACGCAGCACCAUCAUUUCGAUCAGCAGCUGCCCCACAAUGACAACCAGCAGCAAUUCUGUCUGCGAUGGCACAAUCAUCAGACCAGUUUGCUCAGCACCCUGCCCAUUCUGCUGGACCAAUCCCAUCUCACGGAUGUGACCAUCUCGGCGGAGGGUCGGCAGUUAAAAGCCCACCGCGUGGUGUUGAGUGCCUGCAGCAGCUUCUUUAUGGACAUCUUCCGGGCCCUGGAGGCCAGCAACCACCCCGUCAUCAUCAUACCCGGAGCCAGCUUCGGGGCCAUCGUCUCGCUGCUCACCUUCAUGUACUCCGGCGAGGUGAAUGUCUACGAGGAGCAGAUCCCCAUGCUGCUCAAUCUGGCCGAGACGCUGGGCAUCAAGGGACUGGCCGAUGUCCAGAACAACAACCUACCGAAGACAGCGAGGAGUGGAGGCUCCUACAUGGACGCGGCCAAUGACAAGUCCUCUGAGUUUGAGCGUCCCAGCACGCCCUCUCCCUCGGCCACGCCCACCCUCACGCCCUCCCACACGCCCACUCCCAGCCUGCCCCUCCCCCUGCCCCAAUUGACCAGUCCGGCGCUAAGCACGCCCCUUUUGGCCAACAAACUGGGCUCCGUGGGGGCGGCAAGUGGAUUGGGCACCACCCCGCUGGAGAAUCUCUUCAAGUCGCUGCAGUUCUACCCCAGUCUGCUGCCCCAACCGCUCAACUUCUCGCAAACGGCCCUCAACAAGACGACGGAGCUGCUGGCCAAGUACCAGCUGUACCAGAGCGGAAUGCAGGAGGAUCAGGGACUGCUGGAGGCGGCCGACUGCUUCGGCUCCAAGCGGCUGAAGGGCGAGAGUCCGCCCAAGGAGCUGCGACGUCUGGAGAAGAGUUUGGCCAAGAACCCUAAGACCUCGUCGACCGCUAACAGCAACAGCAGCAAGUCGCCGCCGGAGUGCUCCGUCCCGAAUCCCAUUGUGGCCACCUCACCCGUCACCCUCGCUCCGCCGACCAUGGCCCACUUUUCGCCCCAGCUGCCGGUGGUCAAGUGCUCGUCGGCCAGCUACCCGAGUAACCUUGGCACCCAGGCUCAACUGUACAGCAGCAAGGCGCCGCUUUAUAGUGCCGCUGCCACGCCCACGUCCGCCCAGCAGGCGGCCCAGAUGCACCACCACCACCACCACCAGCAGCAGCAGCAGCACCACCACCCACAGCCUGGACCCACGCCCUACAUCUCCGCCGAGGAUCACGCCAAGCUGCAGCUCCACAUCGAGCAGUAUCAAAGGGAGGCGGCUGCUGCCGCUGCGGCCGCCAGCGGAAUGGCGCUGGUCAGCGCCAAGUCGGAGCCCAAUCUGCUCUCGCUGAGCGCCGACCGCGACAAAUCGCUGGCCACCGCACCCAUCAAGCCGCCGUCCAACUCGAAGCUCUACGCCACCUGCUUCAUCUGCCACAAGCAGCUGAGCAACCAGUACAACCUGCGCGUCCACCUCGAAACCCAUCAGAAUGUGCGGUACGCUUGCAAUGUCUGCUCCCAUGUGUCCCGCAGCAAGGAUGCCCUGCGCAAGCACGUCAGCUACCGUCAUCCGGGGGCGCCAUCGCCAUGUGAGAACGAGGCGCGGAGGAAGAGGGUCUCCAAGCUGACGGCGGCCACCACCUUACCAUCGGGGGCCACUCCAACUCCCAUGCCCCUGGUGGCCAGUCACACGGUGACCAGCGGGGAGGUGGGUCCAGCUCCGGCGACGGCCAUUGGAUGUUCGGGUCAGGAGGCGAGGAAUCCGUACCUCUUCCUGCCCAACCAAUUUCAGAUGGCGGCUGCCGCAGCCGCCGUGGCUGUGGCCGAAUCCUCGCCAGCUUCUGGCCAGCCAUCGCUGGACUUGGCCCACGAGGCGCCGACGGUCAUCAAGAGCGAACGGGAGCCAUCGGCGGCCAGCAACGGGGAGGCGACAGGUGUGGAGACCUCGACGGCGACCACCUGAGGAUAAUGUUUUCAAAUGUUUUUGAUUUGUUCAACACACCACACAGACACGCACACAGACACAAGAAACACCCCCACCCACGCACACGCAUAUUCAAUAGUGUUGGGUUGAGUCAUGAGUGAGUUAAAAAAAGAAAAUUCUUACCUGAGGCAUCGAUUUAGAUUCCGAUCAAAUCUAUAGAAAUCUGAAUCGUUAAAUUUAAAAAUUUUAAUACCACAUACCAAAAUGUUCUUAGGAUCCUCAGGAUCCGAGCAUAUAAAAGUCUAACAUAUAUAAACUAAUUUAUCUUUGACUAAAAUUUAAUCUCUUUUUAAAGUUUUAAAAAAUCGUAAAACUAUUUUUUCGGAUAUUUCGAAAAUUAUAUUCAUGAAAAAAAUAAAAAGAUUUCCAAACCACAGUUUUUGUAGUACAAUUUAAACCUCUUUUUAAUCUUUUG